CGGUUCGUGGUUGGUACGCGUUACAGCUGCACGCGCACACUGCAGGUAAAUAGUACAAAUAAUUGUACAGCAGACGCGCUUCUUCGGUUUAAAGUCGACACAUUCGUGCUCUGCGCAUUGAAUAUUUAGAAACACUUUUCACUAUUGAUUGUUCUACUUGUGAGGAAAAUACUUUCACCCCGGUGUCUGCCAAGUGUUGAUAUUUCGCUCACCUGUUGGUCACUUUUCAUUCAUCAUGGCCACACGUGUUCGACCGAGCAAUAAACGGUGUGCAGUCAUCGGAGGGUCUGGUUUCCUGGGCAGACACCUGGUGGAGAAGCUGUUGGACCGAGGCUACUCUGUGUCUGUGUUUGACAUCCGUCAGAGCUACGAGUUACCUGGUGUCACUUUUCACCAGGGAGAUCUCUGCGACAAACAGGCUCUGCUGCCAGCUCUGAAGGAUGUGUCCCUGGUCUUUCACUGUGCCUCCCCGGCCCCUGGCAGUGAUAACCGUGCAUUGUUUGAGAGCGUCAACAUUCAGGGCACACGCAUCGUUAUUCAGGCCUGCAUCGAGGCUGGAGUACAGAAACUGGUCCUGACCAGCAGCGCCAGCGUGGUGUUUGAAGGGACGGACAUUAAGAAUGGGAGAGAGGACCUGCCGUAUGCUAAAAAGCCCAUUGACUACUACACACAGACCAAGAUUGAACAGGAGAAGUUGGUCCUUGAGGCCUGUGACAAGGAGAAGGGUUUCCUCACGGUUGCCAUCCGGCCUCAUGGCAUCUUCGGCCCUCGGGACCCACAGCUGGUUCCUAUCCUGGUGGAUACAGCUCGCAGGGGCAAGAUGAAAUUCAUCAUUGGUGAUGGAACCAACCUGGUGGAUUUCACCUUUGUAGAGAAUGUAGUUCAUGGACACAUCCUGGCUGCUGAACGCCUGAGGCCCGAUUCCCCUAUAUGUGGAAAACCAUACCACAUCACCAACGACGAGCCGGUUAGAUUCUGGGACUUCAUGUCUGAGGUGUUGGUGGGGCUGGGGUACGCUGCUCCACGCUACCACCUCCCCUAUGCCCUUGUGUACGGGUUGGCCUUGCUCCUCUGGCUGCUGGCCCUGAUCCUGCGUCCUCUAGUGUCCUUCAAACCCACUUUCACUCCGAUGAGAGUGGCUCUGGCCGGAACCCACCACUACUACAGCUGCGAACGUGCCAAGCAGGACAUGGGCUACAAACCGGUCGUCAGCCUGAAGGAGGGGAUCGCCCGCACGGUGCAGAGCUACCCUCAUCUCAAACAAGGGGCUUGAUGGGAGAAUAGAGAUGAAGGCUAAUGGGACAUGUAAUCCCGUGGAUGUUAGUACAGCUGUGUGAGAAUGAGGUGGUCAGCUCACACCGAAUGGACAAACCAGAAUGAGGCGAGGGACAGUUGGUCUUGACUCAAACGUCACAGUGUGUAGUAUUUUUUUUUCUUUUCAGUGUUUAUGUACAUUUUUCGUCAGCAGAUGGCAGCAGAAGGUCCUGGUUUGGUUAACAAAUUACAGUCUGACAUUACAAAACUUUUAAAGCACUUAGUAAACAGUUUGUGUCAGCUUAGAUAUAGAGAUCUUACACUGUGAAACUGCAAAGAAUUACUAAUGUUCUUGUUCUGUUUUCAUGUUUAACCUGUGUGCUAUAUGCACAGUGAGAUGCUGCUGAAAAGCCAAAAUGCCUUAACACAUUCCACUAAAUGAUGGUUCUCCUAAUACAACUUGCAUGAAAAGCAUUGUCCACAAUGAUUAGCUUCACUCUAUAUGGCCAAAAGUAUGUGGACAGGAGUGUGUAUUGUUGGUUUUGGGCUGUUUUGUUAAUAAGUAAAUAAGUGCCUUAGCUUGUAUUAUGCUACAGCAUACAGUGAUUCUUCAGACAUUAGUAUGCUUCCAACUUCGUGGCAAAAGUUUGGUAUAGGUCUCUUCUUGUUUCCCCCAGUGCACAAUGCUUCAAAAUGGCUUGACUUGACUUGGCCUCUCACAAAGCCCUGACCUCAUCCACAUCCCAUUCUUUAAGAUGAAUAAGAACAGAGACUGUGAGCCAGGCCUUAUCGCUUUGAAUCAGUGGCUAAACUGGGACAAAUCCCUGCAGCCAGGUUCCAAAAUCUUGUGGAAAGCCUCCCUCAAAGAGAGAAGGCUGUUAUAUAGAGCAGCAUUUUACUGCUUAUAUUUUAAAUCAGAAGUUCACAAAUUUUCAAGUCUGUCCUAAAACAAAAUCCCAUACCCAUUUGUACUCUGAUUUCUGUAGUUGUCCAUAUUGGAUAUAAAAAGGGAAUCCCUUAGUGUGAUUAGGAGACAGUCCUCAUUCUGUGUGAAAAUACAAUCUGAAAUUUGAGUGAAAAAGCUAAUAUGGGCAUCCCUUACACUGAAAUUGCAUUUGGAAAGGUUCUCUUCUCUGCUAUGGGCAGGAGGAAUGAUUACAAUACAUAUGGGCAAUCAGCAAACUCAUAGCUGAUGUCCACAUAUGUUUGGCCAUAGUAUUUUCUUAGAUACAUGAUUCACACACAUUUUUCUCAUGUUCCAAACACAGUUUCUGUCUCUGCUGUAGUAUUGCAGUAACUCUGCCUCUCUGGUAUUCGAUACGAUAUAUCAUCAGUAUGGCAUGUGUUUCUAUGAGGUAGGAAAACUAUUCAAGGACUGUCAUUGAAUACAAUAAUGGGAUGGGCAAUGAAAAUAUAUCAUAAGUUACAGUCCUUCAAAUCCUCAUUCCAACUGUCAUUCACUCUUCAUUUUGAUAAGUUAUAAAAUCCUCUGAACUUGUCAACA